GUAAGGAGACAGAGUAGUCUGAGGCAUUGUGGAAGUGGGAUAUAUACGGCACACAGGUGUGUAAGGAAAGACACUCAUGUGUGCAUGGUAGACUCUUGAUUUAUCCACAGAUUAGUGCACAUCUCGUUACAGCUGGUUUAAAUGUAAGCAGGAUAAAAAUUUUCACCUGCCUUUCCCAAGCCCAGCCCUUAAAGAUGUGCAGUUGUUAAAUGAGAUCAAUGCGUGAAUCUUUGUUUUGGUGAUUGUCAGCCUUAGCACCUUGCAACAGAGAUGUGACAAAAAAAAUUAACUAGUGUAUAUGUGGCUGAGGUUCAUAGUGUGAAAGUUUCAGACCCGAUUUUUGGAAUGAAAUUAAGCUUUGAGCCAUUUCUCAUUUGAUCUCACUUCAUUUAGUAAUCUGUUCAUGCUUUGCUUUCUGUUUUAACAAACAUUCAUUUCCUAGGUAAAAAGUCAUCAAAGGCAAUUAAUUAAAAUAAUCCAUGGAGGUUAGAAAGUGCAAUUUAGUCAGAAAUUUAGAUCUGGAAGCUAGUUAAGACUUUUCCAAUUUUUAUUAUGAGAUUAUUGGAGGAAACAAUUUUUAUUGUAGAGUGAAUUAGAAUUAUAUCUGAUAAAAUAUUCCCUGCUUUAUGGUGUCCUUGUUAUGGGAGCAGUGUAGGAUUUUGUGUCCCUAAUGACUCAUUUCCUUGAUUAUGAGGGUGUUUUCAACAGUGCAUGACAUGAUGAAUACACUUAUCACUCGGCAAUCUUAACUGGUAUGUCAAAGCAAUCCUCUAGUGGUUGGGGUUUCUCCCCCCCCCUCCCUUUGGAAUAUCUUGCGUAAUUUUGGAUCUUGUAAACAUAGUUAUGAAAUGUCUUUGACAGAUUUUAUUACCCAUUUGAAUCUAAGCACAAUAUGCACAAGCAACCUGGCAAAAUAAGGUGAUAUUUCUGGAAGUUAGCCUGUUCCCCCAAUUUUGCAAGCAGACAGCUUUUUAAUUUUAAACUGGUGUGGUACUGUCAGGCUUGGGGGUGGGGCUUGAAGGUCCUUAUCAAUACAAAACAGGCAGAUACUGAUUUUUCAAGGUAGUUCAUAGAUAUAUCAUUUAGGAUUCUAUGUGAAUGUGAGCAUAAGAUUGUCCAUGUCAAAAUACAGUGUGCCGGUCAAAUAAAAGUCCGUGGGUCUGUCUGACGUGCUCAAGUGUCCAUUGUGGAAGAUACGUGAAUGGCCAUGCAAAAAAGCAUUAUGAAGAUGCACAGAUUCCUAUGACCAAUCAUAAGAAAACAGAAAAACAAGAGAAAGUUCAGCAUACUGUGUGUAUGGAUUGCAGUAGUUACAGUACAUACUGUUAUCGCUGUGAUGAUUUUGUAGUCAAUGAUACCAAGCUGGGCCUGGUACAGAAGGUCAGAGAGCACCUACAGAACUUGGAAAAUUCAGCCUUUACAUCAGACAGACACAGGAAAAGAAAACUAUUGGAAAACUCAUCUCUGAACAGCAAGUUACUAAAAGUAAAUGGAAGCACCACUGCCCUUUGUGCCACAGGCCUUCGGAACCUGGGGAAUACAUGUUUCAUGAAUGCAAUCCUUCAGUCGCUCAGUAACAUCCAACAGUUUUGCUGUUACUUCAAAGAGUUGCCUGCUGUGGAGCUGAGGAAUGGGAAGACGGCAGGCAGGCGAACUUACCAUACCAGGAGCCAGGGGGAUAACAAUGUUUCAUUGGUGGAAGAAUUCAGAAAGACGCUCUGUGCUUUAUGGCAAGGAAGCCAAACUGCAUUUAGUCCAGAGUCUUUAUUUUACGUUGUUUGGAAAAUCAUGCCAAAUUUUAGGGGAUACCAGCAACAGGAUGCCCACGAGUUCAUGCGUUACCUUUUGGACCAUCUACACCUGGAACUCCAGGGUGGCUUCAAUGGCGUUUCACGUUCAGUAAUUUUGCAAGAAAAUUCUAGCCUGUCUGCGAGCAAUAAAUGUUGCAUAAAUGGAGCGUCUACUGUUGUCACAGCGAUUUUUGGAGGCAUUCUUCAAAAUGAAGUCAACUGCCUAAUAUGUGGGACUGAAUCCAGGAAGUUUGACCCAUUCCUAGACCUUUCACUAGAUAUUCCAAGUCAGUUCAGAAAUAAAAGAACUAAAAAUCAAGAAAAUGGACCAAUGUGCACACUACGAGAUUGUCUUCGCAGUUUUACAGACCUGGAAGAACUUGAUGAGACAGAGCUGUAUAUGUGUCACAAAUGCAAAAAGAAACAGAAGUCCACCAAAAAAUUCUGGAUUCAAAAACUACCAAAGGUGCUAUGCUUACACUUGAAACGAUUUCACUGGACAGCAUAUCUGAGAAACAAGGUUGAUACGUAUGUUGAGUUUCCCUUACGAGGCCUAGACAUGAAAUGCUACUUGUUGGAGCCUGAAAACAGUGGCCCAGAAAGCUGCCUGUACGACCUUGCGGCUGUUGUUGUGCACCACGGUUCAGGCGUUGGCUCUGGACAUUACACCGCCUAUGCAGCUCAUGAAGGCCGCUGGUUCCAUUUUAACGACAGUACUGUAACUCUGACCGACGAGGAGACUGUGGUAAAGGCCAAGGCCUACAUCCUCUUCUACGUGGAACGGCAAGCCAAAUCUGGAUCAGACAAACUUUAAUACCUCCUUUUAAUUCUUACUUACCAAGUCCACCGGACAAAACAUUUCCAUUUUUCCAUAAAUACUUGAUCCAAGACUAUUAAUUUCAUUGUGCACUUUUCAAUUUCCUCUUGUGGGUUUUAGUUUUGUUGUGUCAAUGGUAGCAUUUGACUUACUGAACUUGGACACAAACUAACUUUUUUUUUUUUUUUUUUUAGUUAUACCAGAAAACCUCAGCAGAUUUUGAUUUGCUGCUUUAGUUGUGAUAACUCGAUUUUUAUAUAUAUAGUUUCAUGAAAUACUUAGUUAUUUGACUUUUUUAUAUUAAUGUUUUCAGUUCUCACUUUCUAAAGGCACAUUUACAUCAGAGAAGCUUUCUGUCCUUCUUACAAGCAAGAUAAAUGUGCUUCUGAUUAUGAAGAGCAAUACAACUUCAUUCUGUUCUCACAGAUGCUAUGUAGAUACGAUUUAAUCUCUUUAAAUCAAGGAGUUGUUUGCACGUACCAGUUUUCCCUCGUGCAAGAAAUUAAACAGUGACCUCUGAACAAUCAUUCUUUGCAGAAGAGAGGAGACAUGGCAUCAUUAGACAGACCAGGUAAUUGCUGCUAUGUUGGUGUGUAUUCAGGCUGCUGACUUUCAGGAAUUGUUGUAAAUAAACAGUUGGUUCGGUUGUAUCAAUAUUGCAGUUUAAUUCAAAUAUUCUUCACAUAUGCUCCUUCAAAUUUUUAAGAAAUUAUUUUAAAAUAUAUACAUGUCUAAAUUGUGUUGAGAUUUAUGUUUUUCUAAUGAAACCUGAAUUGCCUUAGACAUCUCUUGUUUUAGACUGUCAUCCUGAAAUUUGAUCAUGAACACUUACUUGCUUGAAAACUUGGAGACAUCCUGGCAGUGGAACCCCAUCCCUCCUUCCUGGUGGAAAGUGGGAGUACAGCCCCAAAGUUUGGGGUUUGUGAGAACAGUCUGAGGUCUAAAAUAUAGCUUCAGGCCACUGAACGCCUGCAGUUCACUCGAAACUGGUUUCACUGCUUAUUCUUCUUAUUCUUAUGAUCAUAGCUUGCCUUAGGAGAGGUGAUGAGCCAGGGCUGCUUGCUGACUGGGGAGCUGUAGUAUUUACACAUUGGCCCAGUGUAAAUAGGAUCUUUAUUUGUAGUCUCUAGGUGAACACUGGAGGCGUGAUAAAAUUUCUAUAACUUCACCAUGUAAUGGGGAAGGACUUUUGUGAAAAAAAACACCUGCAUUUUAGCUGUACAGACAUUCUGGAGAGAGGUAGUCAGCUAAUAAGAUGGACAGGAAAACCAAUACUGCAAAAGCCAGGAGUCCCCAGGAAGUCUGCAAUGUGACAGAUGCUAUGUUUUCAUUCUCUCCCCCCAGCCCAUCCUUUUGAGCUGGCCCUCAUGUGCCUAGCAAGGAACUGGACACUCCUAACAUCUUGAAAAGCACGGUAGUAAGAGUUGAACUAACUUACUGUAGACUCACACAAUCAAACUGCACCUUUGAGCUGUGGUAAAAGAUGGUAGUCUGAAAACACACAAGAACUCAAGAAAGAUGUGAUGACAUCAUAGUCCACUGUAAAAAUUUCCCUGCAGAUUGUACCCUAGCUCAAAGUGGUGCACAUGGAGUACGCGUCAGUUCCCCACUGUGGGUUACCCGCUAGCUGUACACUGCCAAAUAGUAAGAGAAAUCACAAUCAGAUGUUUUUUACAGUGUCAUUCUUCAUAGCUUUUUCACAGCAUCUUAAACCAGGAAAGACAGAAAUUGGCUUAAUAUAAAACUGCAGAAAGCAUUCCGCAUUGCUAAUGGUGUAUGACUAUGUAAACUGUACACUAGUUAAAAGCUAUUGUGAUUAUUAUUUGAUACCUUAAGUAACAUAUAUAAGGAUGUCUUCUUUAAGUUGAACAAUAAAUAGAACUAUUAAUUGCUUGAAGUUGUAGAUAGUUUGUCACCUACCCUUUCUCUGUUUCUUGCAGCCAGAGACUUUCUUCUCAUCAGAAGAGGUAGCUGUUAUUGUGUAUACAGGCAGAAAAAGGUAUCUGACAGACCUCAUUGGUGGGCGGGGCAAGUGAAGUAUCUUACCACAUUACCACCCUGAAGGGCAGCCUUCCUGCUCACAGUUAGUUGGGGAGUUCAGUAGUUUCCAUCUGUAGCCACAUUCUGUCUGCAUGCACCUUGGAUCAGAUUGCCUUAGAAUUUUAGUUUCGAGAAUACAAAGCUUAAAAUACACAACUAGCCAGUGGGCCAGAAGCAGUUUAACUUACAGUAGUCGGGUGUAUGCAGUGUUCCUGCAAACCAGUGAUGUAAAUGUGCCUUUCUGUAUUUUUAGAAACUUAAAUUUGUAAUCUUCAGCAACAUUCACUUACUUACUUUAAGCAGCUUCUUACUUCUCCAGUUAAUAUUUGUGGUCAGAGUUACGUUUUCACUUCACCGUUCCCCUGCGGGAACACUGGCUCUGUAACACGGAGGUCCUGGGCGAUGGGAUCUGUCCAGCAUGGCCCGUGUGCGCCUCGGCCAUGGGAACACAAUGCAAUCACGUCAGGCUUGUUCUUACAGCACGUGGUGAUAAGGACUCAGCCAUAUGCUUUGCUGGAACGAGCACAUCGUAAAUCUUUUCCUAAUUUAACUUUUUCCCACUGCAAACCCAGAUGGACAGUAUGAACAGUUUGUUGUGGCAACACAAGUAUUUCUCUUCCUGGUGGAGAACUUUGCUUAUCCGCUGUAUUCUAUUCAGUGUGGUGUCAAAAGGAAAAAAAAAAAGGUAACUGAGCACUGAACCAGUAACAUAUACUGCACCUGGCCUAGUAUUACAUUUUUAACCUUACUUGUAUAUUCUAUAUUUAUCUACUAGUUGGGGAGGGUGGGGGGUGUUAUCUAAUUUCAUUUAAGCCAAAUGUUUCUUUUCUACUUACUGCUGAUCAUAGUACACACUAACUGGCAAGAUUUUUUCUGUUGCUUGUGACUGUUCUGCAAGCAACAACUGCUCUCUACAGUUCAAAGCCUUGCGUAUUUUUCACCAAAAUUUGUCUGAUCGAAGGUUGUCCUUUUGUUAGUAAUUGUUUAGCCACAUAAACAACUGGAGACAAGAUUUCUGUAAAACACAACUGCAAAAUGCCCAGCUCUCUGCGUACAUCUGCUUUAGCGUGUUGGAUAGUGAGCUGUUAAGUGCAGCAUUAUGCAAAACUCUAAGGCACCUGCUUACAAAGAGAGCUCCUUCUCAUUUAUACUCCGGAGGUGCUUUCCAGGUGGUAACCGAUGUCAGCAUGAGAGAUUUUAAACCUUUCAGGGGCAAGGAUUUUGUAUCAAAAGCAGGAGUCCACUUACAAGGAUUUUACUAAGUGAAUGGAAAGCAUAACAAGUCGUUUUCAGAAGUUCUCCCAAUGAUGUUUCAUUACUGAUGUGUCUGUGUCUUACUGAUGAGGUAAUCGGCACCUUGAAAAUAGAUUCCAAUGUGCUUUAGGAUAUCCUCAAGUACUGUAGUGCCAUAGUUGUAAUUGUUUACCAUUAAAAACCUAGUGUGUAAUUUUCAGUGAGGAUUACUGACUGUGCUCAUCUUGUGUGUGUUCCUGGAGCAUGUCCAGGUUGAAUGUGAAUUAUAUCUCAUUCACACAGUGUGUUUAUGGAAAAUGUGCCAUUAAAGUGUCUGCUUUCCUUAGAAAA